AUGAUAAAUUAAUAAUAAGUUUUACCCUAAACGAAUAGUUAAUCUACUUUAUAAGGUUAGUUAUUAAAUACAUAAUAAUAAAAUCCUCAUAUUAAAUCAACGGAAAAUUUUUCUAUAUAAACACUAGAAGACAGAUUUUUGAACCAUAAAAAUGAUUUAAAUUAAUUUUAUAGCAAGGUAGGAGGCAAUAAGAAUAUAGGAAGUUAAAAUAAUAAUAAAAAAUAUAUUUAUAACAAUUAAAAUGAAAAAUUAGAAUAAUAACUUCCUUGUAAAUAGGAAUUUGUUUAAUAUUAAUAAAAAUAGGAAUAGAAUAUAAAAAAUUUAAAUAAUAAUACUAAUAAUUAGUAAUAUUAGAAUAAUUUUGAAGAAAAAAGUUCAUUUAGAAAUUCUUAAAUAAUUAAUAAUAGUGAAUAUUUUAAAUAGGAUAAUGAGUUUUUAAGUUAAAGUAUUUUAUUUGGAAAAAGUAAUUAAAAAUAAUAAAUAGUUGAAAGUAAUUAAAAGAAAAGAAAUAAUUAAGAAGAUAAUAAUAGUGAAUUUUUAAAAAGUAAUAAAUUUAAUGAUAAUUAUUAUGAAAAUAAUUUUAAAAAAGAUGAUGUAAAAUUAAAUACUAAAUUAUAAAAUAUUAACGAAAAUAUAUCUUUUAAUAAUUUUGAUGAAAUUCAUUAAAAUAAAAACUAUAAAUAAAAUAAUAAUAAUUUUGCUGAUUUUAAAUAUAACAAUGAUAAUUUUGAUGAUUAUAAUAAUAAAAAUAAUAAAUUCAAUAACAAUUUUGAUAAUUACGAAGAUUUACCAAUAAAAAAUUAUAAAUUAAAUAAUAAUUUAGAUUAAAUACCUUCCAAAAACAAUAAAUUAAAUAAUAAUUUCGAUGAUAUGCCUAUUAAAUCUAAAUAAUUUAAUAAUAUUUAAGAUUAUUAAAUUUUUUAAACGAAUAAUUAAAAUACUACUGAUGAAAUAAAAAUCAAAGCAAAUUAAAACAAUAAUUUUGAUGAAAUUCCUAUUAAAUCAAAUAAACAAAAUAAUAACUUUGAAAACAUAUCCAUAAAACCAUCCAGAUAUUCUCAAUAUAAUCUUGAUGAACCUAUUACAAAAUCUUAAAAUUAACUAAAUAAUUUUGACGAUUAAUAUCCUACAAAAUAUUAAAAUUAAAAUAAUAACUUCGAUGAUUAUGUUUAAUUAAAAUCUUAAAAAUAAUAAAAUAAUUUCGAUGAUAUACUUAUUAAAACAUAAAAAUAAUAAAAUAAUUUCGAUGAUAUACCUAUUAAAACAUAAAAACAGGCUAACAUUUUCGAAGAAAAACCUUUAAAAACAAGCAAUAAAUAAUUAUAAAGUGAAGAAAUUCAGGUAAAAUCUUAAAAAAUAUAAAAUAAAUAAUAUUAAAAUUUUGAUGAAGUUCCCAUAAAAACAUCAAAUAAUAAAAACAUAGAAGAAAUUUAAAAAAGAAGUAAUUCAUGUGCUUUUAAAGAAAAUGAAAAUAAUAAUAAUAAUAAUUAAUAAGAUGUAAAUAAUAAUAAUUAGUAAGAUGAAAAUUAAGAAAUUAAAAGUAAAAGAACUUUCCUAAAAAAAGGUACUAGAACUUUUCUUUCUAAUGCCCAAUAAAGAUCUAAAGCUGCAUAAUAACAUAUUAAUUUAAUUGUCGGAUAAUGUCAGGGAUUAAGUAUUAAUGAAAUAGAAGAAACACGACCUAUUAGUAAUGUUUAAAAAGCAAAUUCAGUUUAAUAAAAAAAAGUAGAAAAAUAAAAUAAAAAAUAAUAAUAAAACAAAGAACAAUAAUAAAAAGAAUAAUAAUAAAAAGAAUAAUAAUAAAAAGAAAUUAAAAAUAAUGAAAAACUUUAGGAAGAAAAAAAAAAAAAUGAAAUUUUUUCUAUUGAUAAUAAUAAUAAUAGUGAUUAAAAUGAAGAUAAUUUUGAGGAAUAUUAAGAUGAGGAAGAAUUCGAAGAUGAAGACAAAUAAUAAUAUUCUAAAGUUGUUUAAAAAUAUUUUAAAUAAGGAAAUAAAAAUAAAGUGAAAAAAGAAAAUCAAAAUAUUAUAAUUAUUUCAGAAGAAGAGAAAAAAAAAAUAAUUUAGGAAUAUACUAAUGAAUAAAUAGAAAAAUUAAAUUUAGAAAUUAAUAAAUUUAAGUUGGAAAAUGAUAGAAUAAAAAAAAUGAAAAUUAAAUACGAAGAUCUUAUUAAAUAAGCUAAUAAGGAAAAAGAAUAAUUCGCAAAAUAAAAAGAAAUUGAAAUUGAAGAAUUAGAAGAAUGGAAAAGAGAAGAAAUAAAAAAAAUAAAAAAUGAAAAAAAAGUAUAAGAAAGAUAGUAAAAAUCAUUAUAUAAUUAACCAACAAGAAAAGAACGAGAAGAAAUUGAAAAAUGCAAUUAAUAAAUAAAAAAAAUAUAAGAAGAUUUUAAAAUAAAGGAAUAAAAAUAUAAAUAAGCUAUAGAAAGAUUAAAAAAAUAAAUAGAAGAUUUAACUUAAAAAAAUUUUGAAUUAAAUGAAGAAAUAAAAAAUUUCGAAAAAAUAAGAAUAUGUGAAGAAUAAAAAAAAUCUAUUUUAAAAAAAGGUCCCAGUAUUUCUAAAAAAAUAAAUACUUUAUAAGAUAAUGAGGAUAUUUAGAGUAUAUAAAAUGAUGAAAUUUAACAAGAAGAUGAGUUUAAUAAUUACGAAAGCUAUUUUAAUGAUGAAUAAAGAAAUAAAGAUAUGAUAAAUAAUGCCUAUUAGGAAAUAAAUAAUAUAAAUUAAAAAAUAGGCAAAAAAAUUGUUAACAAUGAGCCUUAAAAAUUAUUAAAUAAGACUAACUAAAGUACAAAAGGGAGCGAAAUGAAAAGAAAAGAAGAUAAUUAACAAUCUGUUUCAUAAUUAAAAAAUUCAUAAACUUUAAUUAAAUAACAAUCAAAUUUAUAAAAAAAAUUCUAAUAUGAUAUUACAAAUAUAUCUUAAUUAGAUAAUAUUAAUAUAAAUAUGAUUAAUAAAUAAAUUGAUUAAAAAUAAUUUUGGUUUGAUUAAAAUAUUUAUUAUAUAGCUUAUCUUUAAAAUUAAAAGAAAAUUUCCAAAAUCAUUAAAUAAGAAAUAACUUAAGAUGGAAAAAUUUAUAGAGUAUAUGAUGAUCGUAAAAGUGAAACAAUAUUCCCUAAUUAAGUUAAGAAAUAAUAAUUUAAUGAUGGUAUUUGUGAAGGAUAUAGUAUAGUAAAUUUCGUUAAUGGAGAUAUUAAAUAAGUUCUUCCUGAUAAAGUAACUGUUAUUUAUUAUUUUGCAGAAGCAUAAACUACUUAGAUUACUUUUGAACCGACAGGAAUAAAUGUAUAUUAUUUUCCUAAUGACUAAAUUGAAAUUCAUUUUCCUGAAGGAAAGAAAUAAAUAAGAUUUAAUGAUGGUACUGAGAAAUAUAUAUGUGAAAACGGAGAAGAAAAAACUUAUUUUGAAGACGGAACUAUUUAAAUUAUUGAUGUUAAUAGAAUUAAAACUAUAAAAUAUGCAAAUGGAAAAGAAGAUGUAAUUUAUCCAGAAGAUUAUAUUUAUUAAGAUGAAGAAUGA